UGAAGCUCUUACAUUUUAAUAGAUUAAAUAUUUAUGCACGUAGUGUGGGAGGCUGACAGAAAAUACCAGAUGUUAACUCUCUUCUCUGUGGAAAUAUUGGCCCUGAGAAACAGACUAAUUACAAUGGAUGAAGAUCAGCACUCAUAUUCUGAAGAAAGUAUCCCACUUUCAUCACUAUCCUGGUUCUGGAAGAAGAAGAGGAAUUUUGCAUCUCCUGCUGCUAAAAGUCAAAGCAGAACAGAUGCAUGGGUACGAACAGUUACCCCUUCAUGCUCUUUUGCUCCUGAAGAUUCAGUAAGAAGUGAUCCUGAACCUAAACCACAGACCACCAUUCACUCAUCUGUUCCUCUACCGGGCAGUGUUAUGGAUUUUUCAGGGGAGAUACAAGAACAUCCUUCAUGUGUCAUUAAAAGUGUAAUGCUUGAAGAGACACCUGAGCAGGAUGGGGAGAGAAAAUUUUGGCUGCACAAAAUUGGAAUGAGUAUAAACAAGUGGUCACUGCUGAAUUCCCUGAUUGGAUGGGGUGAAAACAGAGCUCUAGAAAAAGAUCAUCAAAAUACAUCUGGAACAUGUUCUGAUGCUGACCACAAACUGACACAGCUUGAAGAAUGCAGAACCAAAGAAGUGCCAUAUAUUCCGUACAAAUUAGCUACAUUCUAUAUCAUCAAGAUUGUAAAAGACAUGCAGGAAAUGAAAAGCAAACACUUAAAGAUAAUCAGACAGCUAGAAAAUACAAAGAAAGAAAACCAAAGCAAGGAGCAGACUAUAGCUACUAUAAAUAAACUUUAUGGUGACAAAAUUAGGAGUUUGAAAUCCCAGUUGGAAGCUUACCAUGAACUGAUGAACAAGAACAGAACACAUUGGCAAAAUACUGUUAAGAGCCUGAAGGAAAUAAACAGACAGCUGAGCCAGGACAAAGAAGAUCUUAUUCACGAAAUGAAGCAACAAACAGAAAAAUGGGAAGAACAAAAGGUCUCCAUUCUAGAAAAUCUGACAAAAAAAAUAAAACAUCUUUAUACCCAGCACACAUUGACUUUGCAGGAACUUCACACCAUCAGUCUAUAUGUGGAGAGAGUGCGUGACCUCGUGAAUUUCCAGAUAAAAAUUCUUCAACAAAAGUCUGAAAGGACAGAAGAAGAAAAAGCCGAUGUGCCAGUGAUUUUAAAAUUAAAGGCAGAACAAGCAGCUAAUGAAGAGAAGCCUGAAUGCUUAAUGGAAACAGAACCUCUUUGGCAAGCACACGUCAUGUUGCAAAAGAUACAGCAAUCUUUACAGAAACAAGAGAGAGAAAUCAGUGAGACCCUUGAAAGUGAAAGAAGAUAUUACAAAACAAUGAAACCUCAAAUCAAGGUGCUAAUGUUCUUGAAAACUCUUGCCAAGAAGGUUCACACCAUAUAUUGUGAUGUCCCUGAGGCACAACAGUAUAUCAGCCAGCUUAUCAGAAAGAACAAGGAUGAAAGGGAUGAUUGGAAAGAAGCCUUUAAUAAUGCUCAGGCUGACAUUCUGUCCUAUGAAGUAUUUUAUGGAAAUGAACCCAUGGAUGACAAAAGUACAAAGCUGUCAACGAAGCUUUUCAGAAAUCUUGGGAAAGCAAAAUCUGAAUUUGAAUACAUUGAAACGGAGAAGAUGGUUUUUGAUUGUAUCCGGACAGGGGAAAUCCCCAACUGGAUUAAAAGGGAUUGUCUUUAUGUAGCCUUGGCAGAAGAUCAUAAAAAUAUAUGUUCUGAGGAGACAAGUCACCAUGCAGAGGAACUCAUGCAGAAGUUUGAAAUAGAAAUCAAGGCAAUAUACUACAAUAUAUAAUAUCACAUGGUUUAAAACCAGGUAUUAAGAUUUUUGGAAUAUAUUUAAAAAUGACAUCUUUUUCCUAUCUAUUAAGGGAUUUGAGAUUUGCUCUGGAGUAUAUCCUGUGAUGUCUGU